UGCAGCAGGGGAGGAGAGGGACGCGACUGCACAUCCGCUCGUUUACACAGACGCCCCCAUCCACGCGCAAUCGGUCUACCCAUUUCCCACCGGCUGGACCUCCCCCAUGCCCGAGCCAGUGUGUGGAGGCGAGACUGCCUACUGUACCGCCAGAGUCCGUGCUGUGAGGAGUCGCUUGCUGGGCAGAUUAGACGGUACCAGUCGGGAAGAACCAAACAGACCCACGGUCUAUGUUCCCCCGCGUGGAUGGAUGGACAGAGAGAGAAUACAACCUAAACCUGCAGUGCAGAACUGGCUUUUCAGGCUACCUUUGAUUCAACGCAUUUUGUUGACGGUCAGUCCUCCCUAGUCCUGGAUCCAGAGCUCUCUGUCUCCGCCCCGGCUCCAGAGGACUCCCCCACACACCUAGGCACCAUGACCCAGGAGGGGCAGGGACACCCUCAGGCUGAACCCCCUACAUCCCCAGACAGCCAAGGGGAAACGCCAGCCCACCCUGCAGAGAAGCCAGCCACAAACCAAGGGCUGGAGGGGCAAGGUCUGGAGGUGGAGGGGAUAGAGGGGACCAAUGAGAAGGAAGGGGAGGAAAGUGUUAUGGUACAAAGGGAAGUACACAGAGAAAGAGAAGGUGAGGAAAGUGGAAAGGGAGAGGGUGACGAGGUAGGCGAGGGAGUGGAACAAGUGAUGCAGGGAGAAGGAGAGGUGCAUGAAGAGAGAGAGAGUAUGGCAGAGACAAGUGAUGAAGAAGAUGGAGUGGGGGAUGAGAGGAUAGAUGCAGGGGAUGGUCAGCCAGACGGAGAGCUAGAGAGAGAGAAGGAGAGGGAAGAAAGGGAGGAGGAGGUGGAGAUGGAGGGGGAUAACAUGAACACAGAGGCCACAGAGGAGUCAGAACCAGCCUGCGAGCCUGGCUGUGAGGAGGAAGAGGUGGUGGAGGAGGGUGAGGAGGAGUUACCUCCACCACCACCACCUGAGGAUCAGGAAGAAGACCAGGACCAGGACCAGGACUUACCAGACCCACCACAGUCUCUGGACAUAGUCAGGAUGGACAAUGGGAUAGGACCUGAGAAUGGAAUCAAAGGGCAUGAAGAGGAGGAUGAUGAAGAUGAUGAAGAUGAAAGAGAAGGAGGCGGCUUAGUGGAGGUCAUCCAUGAACACCUGGACACAUUCAGCUCCACCUUCGAGUGUUCCGUAGAGCUGGCGGACACAGAGGUGGAGGAAGAGGAGGAGGAGGAAGGGGAGGGAAGGGAGAACCAGGACAGUUUCAGCUCUGUGUUUGAACGCAUCGUGGAGCAUGUUGUCGCCAUAGAGGGGGAGGAAGAGGAAGAUGAGGAAGACGGGGAGGGAGAGAGGGAGAAGAGCGGGAUGGACAACAAGGAUGGCUUCAGCUCGACGUUUGAGCGUAUUGUUGAGUCUGCGCUUCUUCGUGGGGGGACGUGCUACAGUAGUCUAGACUCCCUGGAUGUCCUGUCACUCACAGACGAGACAGACAGCUGUGUCAGCUUCGAGGCUCCGCUCACCCCCCUCAUCCAGCAGAGGUCCUUUCUCCAGAGCCCUGAGCCUCUGGAGCUGGAACUAGCCACUGUCAUGGAGCAGGAGGGAAGCGAGGCUGGACCCGAGGCCCAGCAAGGAGAGCCUGAGGCUGGGGAGAGUGCUGCAGGCCGUGGGCUUGGAUCUGGAGGAAGCCCACUGCGGACCACCAUCACCGGGACCAGGUCGGAGUUUGUCCUGAGCCAGCCUGGCCGAUGGGCCAUCCCAAAUGGGUUUCACAUGAACACCCAGGGGGGAGCGGAGGGUUCUGGAGCCAUACCCAACUCUAUGAGUGAUACCAACGUCACUGACGUGCUCUCGGACUCGGAGCUGAGCGGUCUGGAGCAGCUGGAGAGAGGCAGCACGGACACCCUGGCCAACGGUUGCCGUGCCGAAUGUAACGCCGCCAAACGCCUUGCCAAGCGCCUGUUUUACCUGGAGGGCUUCAAACGCUGCGAUGUGGCACGCCACCUGGGAAAGAAUAAUGAGUUCAGCCAGCUGGUGGCGUCAGAGUACCUCAGCUUCUUUGACUUCUCUGGUCUGUCAUUGGACAAGGCCCUGAGGAACUUCCUGAAAGCCUUUCCUCUGAUGGGGGAGACCCAGGAGAGAGAAAGGAUCCUGGUCCACUUCUCUAAGAGGUUCUGUGUCUGCAACCCCACAGCCCUCGCCCCCGAAGGAAAGGACAUAUCCGAACGGAAUGAUAAUGAUGAAGAAGAUGAUGACGGAGCCCAUACGUUAACCUGCGCCCUAAUGCUGCUCAACACUGAUCUACAUGGACACAACAUUGGGAAGAAGAUGUCUUGCCAGCAGUUCAUCAGUAAUCUGGAUAGCCUAAAUGAUGGCAAAGACUUCCCUAAAGACCUAUUAAAGGUGCUGUAUAAUUCAAUAAAGAACGAGAAGCUUGAAUGGGCAAUUGAGGAAGAGGAGUUCAGGAAGAGUCUAUCAGAGCUGGUGGAGGAGCAGUGCGAGGGAGGGGGGAAGAGGGGGGUUGCCAGGGUAACGGAUGGCAAUAACCCUUUCAUCGCCAUCCCCAUCCUACUCAACGCUGUCACCUAUAAACAUGGUGUCCUGACCCGCAAAAGCCAUGCAGACAUGGACGGCAAACGCACCCCACGAGGACGGCGAGGCUGGAAGAAGUUCUAUGCGGUUCUAAAGGGGAUGAUCCUUUAUCUCCAGAAGGAUGAGUAUAAGGCUGAUGCAGAGCUGUGUGAGGGGGACCUGAAGAACGCUGUGCGUAUCCACCAUGCGUUAGCCACCCGCGCUACAGACUACAGCAAGAGACCCAACGUCCUCAAACUAAAGACCUCUGACUGGAGAGUGUUCCUGCUGCAGGCACCGAGUGAGGAGGAGAUGAUGUCAUGGAUAUUUCGUAUUAACCUGGUAGCAGCUCUGUUCUCCGCCCCGGCCUUUCCUGCUGCCAUCGGCUCCAUGAAGACGUUCUGUAGACCUCUACUGCCCUCCUCUUCUACCCGGCUAAACCAGGAGGAGCAGCUGCAGUUUCAUGAGGGGAAGCUGAAGCAGAUGAGUAUGGAGGUGGAGGAACACAGGAAGAGUCCGCCCUCGCCUUCUCCCAAGAGCAGAGAGUGGGAGGAGUACCGAAUCAAAGAGCACUACCUCAUAUAUGAGAAGAGUCGGUACGAGACGUAUAUCAACCUGCUCCAGGCCAAGAUGAGGGCAGAGACAGACGACCUGGAGAAGAUAGAGGCUAGCGUGAUGAGUGGGAUCGGGGAGGGCCGAGGGGGGCGCGAGGGCUACCUCCGGAAGACCCAGUCCUCUCCUUCCAUCAGCCAGCACAGUCUCAACGGCAGGGCCUCUGGACGCACUGCCCCGGGCCAGCGAAGUUGAGAGGAGACCCCCCUUAAAAACAUCAUCAUGCACCCCCCUGUAACUGUCCUCUGAGCCAAAGGGCUCACCCCCCUAAAUGCCUAAGCACUGGACUCAUAUCCAACCAACUCCCCCAAAUCCUCCCUCCUUCCUAUUUCAUUGCACAGUAAAGCGGUAAUAAUUGUUCCAGCUAUACAGUAUUACUGGUGUUAUUUAACCAACAGCUAAUUGUCUCUGACAGUGCUUAUACGUGCUUAUAAGAACACUUAUAACAGAGAACACGAAGAUGUGGAAAAAAGGAUGAAAGAGGAGAGAGGACUUACCUGCAUAAAGGAAGUGACAUCAUAAGGAAGUGUGGAGUGUUUUGGUUUGAGGAGGUGGAUGGUGGAUUUCAGGGUGGAGGGGCACAGUAGCAUCAAGUAGUCUCUCUCACCUGAGCCUUCAACAGGUUUCUCUGGACCAUAUAGAGCAUGGAGACUCAGUGUAUCUGAACAGGCCUACUGAGCAGGCCUAUGUAACACACCUACUCUAUGAGAGCCUUAUGAUGAUGAAUAACACUUACUCAGACUCUCAGAACUGUUAUGAUGAUCACCUUGUUGUGUAGACUAUUUAUUAUUGAUAUGUAUUUAUUUAUUGUAGAUUUCUUAUUCCACUUGAACCUGAGCUUCAUAUAUGAUAUCAGACUGAAUGAAAGCACUGUGCCAUGUCGUAUAACCCUUAGUUCUAUGUUACUGUCUGGACACCUGUACUGCUGUUAUGCUGAGUGGAAGCUGGGAUGGAGGAAUUUUACUGAGUAUGAGGAGUAACAGUUUAAGGGAAAAAGUGAGAUGUGUUGUUGAAUUGAACAUUUUGAUUAAGUAGUGUGUGUGUAUGUGUGUGUGUGUGUGUGUGUGUGUGUGUGUGUGUGUGUGUGUGUGUGUGUGUGUGUGUGUGUGUGUGUGUGUGUGUGUGUGUGUGUGUGUGUGUGUGUGUGUGUGUGUGUGUGUGUGUGUGUGUGUGUGUGUGUGUGUGUGUGUGUGUGUGUGUGUGUGUGUGUGUGUGUGUGUGUGUGUGUGUGUGUGAGCCUGCAUAGUUGUGGGUUUGAAGUUGAGCGAUGGCCAGUGGACGAGGGGUUCAGGGUUAAAGGAAGCAGGUCUAACGGUAAAGGAUCUGUGUUCUAUGUUGUUAUUCUUUGAUGCAGAAAAAGAGAAGACGCCUCUCCCUGAGUUGGAGCUAGCUCAUCUUCCUGUCAUAUCAUCAUCAGAGUGCAGAUAAAACAAUAAAAGACUGAAAGACAAAGCAGCAGGACUGCACAGGCUGAGCAGCAGAGGAAGUAGCAGAAGUGGUGAGCAGCAGAGAAAGUAGAGGAAGUGGUGAGGCAGCAGAGGAAGAAGAGGAAGUGGUGAGCAGCAGAGGAAGUAGAGAAAGUGGUGAGCAGCAGAGGAAGUAGAGGAAGUGGUGAGCAGCAGAGGCAGAAGAGGAAGUGGUGAGCAGAAGAGGAAGUAGAUGAAGUGGUUAGCAGCUGAGGAAGUGCUGAGUAGCAGAGGAAGUAGAGGAAGUGGUGAACAGAACACAGCGUUACAUGUGGUGUAGAAUCAUAUUCAUAUCGGAGACCAGAGAGAGGAGACUAACCCAGCUCUCUCUCCAGGAAGGAACCACGUAAAGAUGGAGGGAGGAAGGAAGGCAGUGGUUCUGCUGGACUACAUUAUUCUUCAUUGAACUUUGAAACUCAUCCCCUUCUCUUUCUCCCUUCCCCCUCUCCUGACUGAACUUCAGAUAGGAUAGUGUCCCUAAUUCUUACGUACACUAAAGCGGUACGGAAAAUUUGCACGGUCAGACCAGACACGGGCUAUAUGGAUCCUGUGUUUUUCUAUUCCACAGUGAUGAGACUGGAUCAUUGAUCCUUAGUUCUGUUUACUGAAGUGGAAUUCGGAAUCAGAACUGCCAUUUUAUACAUUAUUAGUUAUGUCUUUCUUACUCUGAGGACCGACCUUGUCACUUUGGCUGUUGUGCUAACUAACCAUUGUUUUCCCUAUGUUUUAGGGUAGAGCAGUGCUGUUGUAAUAUAGAAAUGUGAGGUUUUUUACUUUGCUGGCCCUGUCUAAAAUAUUAGUAUGUAUUUUUUUUGUUUUAACUAAGGAAGCUAGGGCACUUUGUUGUAAAAAAAAUUGAAAUGUUAUAUAGUUGUUCUGUUUGUUUUGGGCAGUUUAAAGUGAAAUACAUCUUUACUAGUUAUUAUUGUCAGGGCUUCAUAAAGUCAUCUUUUAUAUAUAAUA